CACCUCCCUCUCCCCCUGGGUUGUUGUCAGAUUCUGUCACUGUCAAGCGCUUCGGGACUCUACCCCGCGUGAAGGAAUUACAUAAAUGUAAGUUGUUGUUUUCUCCAAACCUCCCUUAGUUACUGAUCGUCGCUGCUGGUUUAGUCGAUCAGGACCGGUUGACUUCUGACUGGAUGCACAUAGCGGCCUGUGACUCGCUUGUUGUCACAAAGGUUCCCAUGGAGGCCGUUUAUUUCAUGGAUCAGGAUAACGUCUAGGAGGGCUUCACAGUGGCGGGAUCCGAUGCUGAGGGAGAAGGCGGUAUGGGCAGUGACCAUAGGCUGAAGAGGUCAGUGAUUCUGAGUGAGGGACCCUGCAAACGCUUCUGACGCAUUAAAAGAUGGGAUUGGUUGCCUGGCUGAAGACCCAGUUCGUGAUCCACCUGUUACUCGGGUUCGUGUUUGUCGUGAGCGGCCUUUUCAUCAACUUCAUCCAGCUAUGCACACUCCUCCUCUGGCCCAUCAACAAGCAGCUGUACCGGAAGCUCAACUGUCGCCUCGCCUACGCCCUUUGGAGCCAGCUGGUGAUGCUGUUGGAGUUUUGGUCUGGUACUGAGUGCACUCUGUUCAGUGACCAGGCCACGGUGGAUAAAUUUGGCAAAGAACAUGCGAUUAUCAUCCUGAACCACAACUUUGAGCUGGACUUCCUGUGUGGCUGGACCAUGUGUGAGCGCUACGGUGUCUUGGGGAGCUCCAAAGUGCUGGCCAAGAAGGAGCUGCUGUACGUGCCACUGAUCGGCUGGACCUGGUACUUCCUGGAGAUCGUCUUCUGUAAGCGGCGCUGGGAGGAGGACAAAGACACCGUGCUGAGCGGGCUGCGUUCCCUGCAGGAUUACCCCGAGUCCAUGUGGUUCCUGCUGUACUGUGAGGGCACAAGGUUCACUGAGAAGAAACACCGCAUCAGUAUGGAGGUGGCGGAGUCCAAAGGGCUGCCCAAACUCAAAUACCACUUACUCCCCAGGACCAAGGGCUUUACAACCACUGUGCACUGCCUCAGGGGGACAGUUGCUGCUGUGUAUGAUGUGACGUUAAACUUCAGAGACAAGCAGAACCCCACACUUCUGAGUAUACUGUAUGGCAAGAAGUACUUCGCGGACAUGUGUGUGAGGCGGUUUGCUUUAGACGAUAUCCCAGAGGAUGAGAAGGAAUGUGCGGCCUGGCUCCACAAGCUGUACCAGGAAAAGGAUGCACUGCAGGAGCAGUAUGAGAAAGAAGGAACCUACCCGGGAGAGCAGAUCAUCCCUCCCCGGCGACCCUGGGGGAUCUUGAACUGGCUGUUCUGGGUGAUCGUGCUGCUCACUCCCCUCUUCAGCUUUGUGUUUGGGGUCUUUGCCAGUGGCUCGCCAUUCCUUAUCUGCACCUGCAUGGCGUUUGUGGGAAUAGUCUCGUUUGGCGUGCGGAGGCUCAUUGGUGUGACGGAGAUCGGGAAAGGCUCGAGUUACGGAAACCAAGAAUUUAAGAAGCAGGAAUAAAGUGGCCGGGGCCACCUGUCCCAAUAACUCCAGUCAGCGUUUAGGAAACAGCUCGCUCUUCACCUGGUGACAACCCACGAGGCGGGACUCAGUAAUCCAGCGAGUUCCGGCACUGGCUUUGCCAACUCAAGCCGUUAACAGUCUGCCUUGCACCCGGCACCAGACCCCCUGCCUGUGGAGUCACGCUGGCCCAAGGUUCCGAAGAGCUUCAAUUUGUUUUUAAUUUACGUUUUGUUUUAAUGAACAUUCUUAGUUUGAACCCUGUGUGUGCUGAGCUGAGCUGCCUUUUCUUGAGCGCGUCAGCACCUGUAGAACAGCCCUAGCCCAAACAGCUGCACUGAGAUUGUGAUUUCAAACUGUACCUCCUAACAUUUAUAAUUUAUAAUAUAUUCCGAAUGUUCCCAA